UGGGCUGCAGCCAAGUGCAGCCCACCUCUAAAUCCGCCCCUGUCUACAAGCUGGAUGCACGAAGUGAAGUUUCCUGUCUAGCGAUUCCUUUCUUUAGUAUCCGAGGUGGAUCGAGGAGUAAAUGGUCCAAAAUAAUCGGAUCACCACUCUUUUUUCCCUUUGUUGUUAUCAUGUCGACAUUCUUGACCGUAGUAUGCUUCUUAAGCUUGAUGAAAAUGAGAGCAAGAGGAGGUAGGACUCAAGCAGCAGUUCCAGUUCUCAGGCCACAAUCCACGGCAGUUACCACUUCAAUGCCACCAGAAACCACCAAUGUAUAUACUGAUGAAAUACCGUCGCAAUGCACCAUUGUGACAACAGUCAUUGACGAGUUGAAAAAGAAGUAUUGUACAGUAUCAGAAGGUCCCAAUUUUGUUUCUUGUGCAAUAUGCCUUGAAGAAUACCAAUGCGAAGAGACAAUUAAGUACAUAACUCAGUGUGGACAUUACUUCCAUUGUGAUUGUAUUGAUCAGUGGUUACAAAAGAACCAGUCUUGUCCAGUUUGUAGGACUUCCCUUUCUCGUGUAAAUUGA